AUGACAGUUCGAAGACGGGGAGUUCCAAUGGCGGAAAUCGACGUAGAGCAGGUUCUCAAGAAGCUCACAGUCGCCGAAAAGGUCGACUUGCUAUCCGGUAUCGACUUUUGGCACACUAAGCCACUGCACCACCAUGGAAUCCCUUCUCUGAGGUUAACAGACGGCCCCAACGGCGUUCGUGGAACCCGCUUCUUUAACGGCGUCAGGGCGGCCUGCUUCCCCUGCGGGACGGCGUUGGGAGCCACCUUCAACCAAGAACUACUGGAGGAGGCCGGCCGCAAGAUGGGCGAGGACGCCAAGACGAAGAGCGCCCACGCAAUCCUCGGCCCGACCAUCAACAUGCAGCGUGGCCCGCUCGGCGGUCGUGGUUUCGAAUCGCUCGGCGAGGACCCGGUACUGGCCGGACUAGGCGCCGCCGCCAUCGUGCGUGGCAUCCAGAGCACCGGCGUCCAGGCCACCAUCAAACACUUUGUGUGCAACGACCAGGAGCACCGCCGGAACGCCGUCCAGAGCAUCCUGACAGAGCGCGCCCUCCGCGAGAUCUACGCCCUGCCGUUCCAGAUCGCCGUGCGCGACUCCAACCCGGCCUCCUUCAUGACGGCCUACAACGGCGUCAACGGCACCUACUGCAGCGAAAACACCAAGCUGCUGGACGACAUUCUGCGCAAGGAGUGGGGCUGGGACGGCAUGGUGAUGAGCGACUGGUUCGGCACCUACACAACCAUCGAGGCCGCCAACGCCGGUCUCGACCUCGAGAUGCCCGGUCCUCCGCGCUUCAGGGGCGACCUCCUCAAGUUCUGUGUCGAUACCGACAAGGUGCGCAUGCACGUCCUCGACGAGCGCGCCCGCGCCAUGCUCAAGUUCAUCAACAAGUGUGCCGCCGCCGGCGUCGAGGAGAACGGCCCCGAGACCACGGACCAGGACACCCCCGAGACGGCGGCUCUGCUCCGCCGCAUCGGCACCGACUCGCAGGUGCUGCUCAAGAACGACAAGAACGUCCUGCCCCUCAGCAAGGACAAGAAGACGGUCGUCAUCGGCCCCAACGCCAAGGUGGCCACCUACCACGGCGGCGGCUCGGCCUCGCUCCUGGCCUUUUACGCCGUCACGCCCUUCGACGGCAUCAAGGCCAAGCUCGGAAAGGAGCCCGAGUACGCCGUCGGUGCCUACUCGCACAAGAUGCUUCCCGUGCUGGGCAGCUCCUGCCAGACUGCCAAGGGCGAGCCCGGCAUGACGAUGCGUGUCUUCAACGAGCCGCCGACCGAUGCCAACCGGGUUUGCACCGACGAGUUCACCUUUACAAAGACCGACCAUCUUUUUGUCGACUACUACAACCCCAAGCUCAAGUCCAAAACGUGGUAUGCAGACUACGAGGGCUAUCUCGUCGCCGAGGACGACUGCACCUGGGAGUUUGGUGUCGUCGUCAGCGGCUCGGGCAAGCUUUUCAUCAACGGGGAUCUCGUCGUUGACAACGCCACCAAGCAGCGCCGGGGUGACGCCUUUUUCGGCACCGGCACAGUCGAGGAGAAGGGCACGUACAAGCUGACCAAGGGCGAAAAGUACCACAUCAAGCUCGAGUACGGCAGCGCGCCGACCUCGACCAUCCCGACCGAGGGCAUGGCUCUGGGCGAGGGCGCCCUGCGCAUGGGCGGGUGCAAGGUCAUCGACCCCAAGGAGGAGAUCGCCAAGGCGGCGGCGCUGGCCAGGGACGCGGACCAGGUCAUCAUCUGCGGCGGGCUCAACGCCGACUGGGAGACCGAGGGCCACGACCGCGCCGACAUGAAGCUGCCCGCGCCCAUGGACGACCUCAUCGCCGCCGUGGCCGCCGCCAACAAGAACACGGUCGUCGUCAUGCAGUCGGGCACGCCCGUCGAGAUGCCCUGGCACGGCGACGUCGCCGCCAUCCUGCAGUCGUGGUACGGCGGCAACGAGACGGGCAACGCCAUCGCCGACGUCCUCUUUGGCGACGUCAACCCCAGCGGCAAGCUCCCCCUGUCCUUCCCCAUCCGCUGCCAGGACAACCCGGCCUUCCUCAAUUUCCGCGCCGAGGGUGCCCGCACCCUGUACGGCGAGGACGUCUACGUCGGCUACCGCUUCUACGAGGCCACCGACCGCCCCGUGCUCUUCCCCUUUGGUCACGGCCUCAGCUACACCACCUUUGCCUUUGGCGACCUCAAGGUCAGCCAUGCCCAGGACGGCAAGCUCGUCACCGUCGAGGCGACCGUGUCCAACACGGGCAGCGUCAAGGGCGCCGAGGUUGUUCAGGUCUACGUCGCGCCCAAGCAAAAGCCGAGCGUCAAUAGGCCAGUAAAGGAGCUCAAGGGCUUCGCCAAGGUCGAGCUCGACGCCGGCAGCAAGAAGACGGUCAAGGUCGACAUCGAGACCAAGUACGCCGCCAGUUUCUGGGACGAGCACCGUAACCAAUGGUGCGUCGAGAAGGGCGAGUACGAGGUCAUUGUCAGCGACAGCAGCGCCGUCGUCGAUGACAAGGCCUUGAAGGGCUCGUUCAAAAUAUCCGAGACCUUUUGGUGGUCUGGUGUGUAA